CGCUGUUUUGUCAGGUAUGUUAGUUUGUUCAGAUGGUUAAUAUAUACCACUAUACGAUCGUUGCAUAAGUGUUUGUUCCAUUAAAUUGAGGAUUAAAAAGGAGACACGUGAUCCCCAAUUCUAUUUGUGUCUGCUGUUUUGUCAGGAGCUCCAGAACCGCAAGUAAAGAGAUAGAGGACACCUCAUAGGAGUUACAUAUGCACAACACUCAAUGUUUCUUUUUAAAACUUAAUAUAUAUGACCGGGUUUGAUAAGUUAGCCAAGCAAAGUUUCUUGGUAUUAUCACAUCUUUAAGUUAUCAAAAUAACCUAACAUUACCUUUAUUACUUCAGGAUGGACAGCAAUGGCGUUUUCGCACCGCCAGAUUUAGUGGCGGCUCCUUUGUAUCGAGAAUGUCCGCGAGAGCGAGAGGGAUCCACGACGCCUGCUUGCUAGCUAGCAAAAUACAAGAGAGACAAUAGCCACUUGUCCGCAGUUAUCUCCUGCCUAACCACUAGUAGUUUAGUAAAUUAGAAUGAAGGGUGUUUAAAUGAAACAUUUUCUAACCGCAUUAUUUUGAAGGACACAGGCGGAAGCCAGCGUUUGGCCUGAUCGUCAGACUCCGUUGGUUAGUUUCAUUUCAUCGCGCGCACAACGACGAGCCAAACAGCGUGGUUGUGUGGAAGUUACUACUAACCUCGACUUUCACGUCACACACAAAUAAUGUUGUGCGACGUCCGUUGUUCCGAAUAUCGACAAUGGACGAAACGCCGCUGUUCACAUUCGGAGUGAUAGCUGACAUUCAGUACGCAGAUAUCGAUGACGGAUACGACUUCACCCGGACGAGGAGGCGGUACUACCGGAGCAGCCUCCAGCUGCUGACCAACGCCAGAAGAAGCUGGUCAGAGUCUGCUGUCAAACCAGAGUUUAUCCUUCAGCUAGGAGACAUUAUCGACGGUGUUAACAAGAGCUGCGGCGACUCUGACCGCGCCCUGGACACCGUGCUGACAGAGUUCAACUCCGGUCUGUUGGAGGUCCACCAUGUAUGGGGUAACCACGAGUUCUACAACUUCAGCAGGGCCGCGCUGCUGCGCUCCAGGCUCAAUAGCACCCUCCACACGGAGAGAUGCCUGAGCGAGAUCCAGGCUGACAGCCAGCUGUACGCCUACCACUUCAGCCCGUUCCCCGGGUUUCGGUUCGUCGUGCUGGAUGCUUACGAUGUGAGCCUGCUGGGCAGAGAGACGUCAAGCGAUCAGUACAGCGACGCCAUGGCUGUGAUCAAACCGCACAACAACAACGAGGAUCUCAACUGCCCCCCAGUGUUUUUUGGGCAACUGCGGAGGUUCACCAUGUUCAACGGGGGGUUCAGUAGGCAGCAGCUGGACUGGCUAGAUUCUGCUCUGUCCUCGGCCGAAGACAAACAGGAAAGAGUCACAAUUGUCAGUCACCUACCCAUCCACCCCUGCUCCACCGCUGACAUCUGCCUUGCCUGGAACUUCGAUGAGCUCCUGGCCAUCAUACGGCGCCACGGCAGCGUGGUGUGUUUCAUGGCUGGACACGACCACGAUGGCGGAUACUACAAGGACGAAGACACGGGAGUGCACUAUGUGACGUUACCGGGGGUGAUUGAGACUCCACCUGACAGCAACGCUUUUGGUACAGUUUCUGUGUACAAAGACCAGAUGGUGCUGAAGGGGUACGGCAGGGUGACCGACCGAGUGUUUCCAUUUCCAUCCCAUUCGAAGAGACUCACAUUAUAAGGCAAUAUGAGAACUUUUGUCAUUAAUAUUCAUACGUUUUCGGAGCGGUUUAUCAGCAUGGCUCAUUUAGAGGAUGUUACAUUCUCUGGGGAAGUGUGGGAUUUUUACACUGGUCACUGUAAUGUUUUUAUUAGAUGAAAGAAAUCCACAAAUUCACUCACUUCAAUAGUGAAAGUACUAUACUUAAAAGGAGGGCAAAGGUGGGAAAACUUUCGAAUGUAUUAACGGUGAUAACUAUUUAAAAAACAGCGGCAGUGUGAGGGGUUCACUUCCCUCAAUUAAAAAAACAUUUUGCACAAUUUAGUGAGAUUUGAUUAGUGCAGUGUAUUGCAAAAUAUAACUUAAAUAAAUCCAAGUUCUGCACAAGAUAAGUGCAAAGCUGGGUAAAUCACAAUGUAAAACUAUUUAACAAUUAAUAAAAAUAUACCAUCAUUAGUUAUAUGCCUCUCCAAAUGUCCCUGUCACGUCUCUGGUACUCUUGUUGUGACCCAUCUUUGAUACAGUGAUUAUGCAAUACCACGAUGGAGCUUUUGCUUGGUGUUUUAUCAUUUCAAAAAUGCUAAAUUGCUUUGUGUAAGGAGACAUUUUUUUUAUGAAAUAGAAAUAGAACAUGAUGUGAUGAAACGAUCUAAUUUAACUGUUAAGAGGACCUUUGAGCUAUUUUUGACUUAUUUUUCAAAAGUGAAAGGUGUUUAAAUCUAAAAGCGCACUUUGACAAUUUGAAACCAUCAGAAUGCAACAGUUUGAUUGUUAAAUUUAAUUUAAGAAAACUUAGGAACAUUUUAAGGAAAGAUUGGAAUGACCUGAAUUUGAUCUAUUUGGAGCAAAACAUCCAAACACUGAGUAGAGGGCCGCUCUAAGCGGAAGUGGACGUCUUUUCCUGUGUUUUACUUAUUAAGUUGGAUUCCAUCAGUGUGAAGGAAACUUGUUCCAAAACCACUAGUCACCAGGUCCUCUUACAAAGUGAUCAGUCACUAUUUGCAGAAUUUUUGUCACAGGAUUUCUCUUGCCUUGCUUCAUCUUUUUGGAGAACGCAUCAUACUCAGCCUUGCUGAUAUUGCAAUGCUUGAAUGAAACACAAACAUCACACUGAUCCUUUAGGCAGAAAGAAUACAGAAUAGUUCUCUUCAUGGAACAAAUCUGUGAAAUAUCAUGUUCCAACGGCUCUCACCCCAGUAGUGGGGACAUGUGCACAGGACCAGAUAAUAAAUACAGGGUGAUAGGAAACAAGGAUUGAGCCUUUAAAUGAGGAAUUCUCCCUGAAUCGCCCGCCAGCACUGACACUCUUACCGGUGAGGUCUUUCUUUUUGCCGAGCAAAGCAAAAAGCCAUAUAGUGUCCCAUCAGUCCCGCAGUUAAGACACUAAAGUACAGACUCAUACGUUAUUGCUUAAAUAAGAUCUGGUUGUGGAGCACUUUUUUGGUAAAAACUCCCCACCUACAGGUGAAACUCAAAAAAUUAGAAUAUCGUGCAAAAGCUCAUUACUUUCAGUAAUUCAACUUAAAAGGUGAAACUAAUAUAUUAUAUAGACUCAUUACAUGCAACGUGAAAUAUUUCAAGCCUUUAAUGAGCUUUUGCACGAUAUUCAAAUUUUUCGAGUUUCACCUGUACAUGCAGAAAUGUAUUACCAAUAUUUUUAAGCUCAUUUUAAGGAAUUACGGAUUUUCUUUUCUGUUCAAUAAAUAAUUGAGAUGAGACUUUACAUACUUUAUACAAAAAGAUGGGGACGUAGUUUGAGUGGAGAAUGAUGUGCUUUUAGAAUCUCAAGCGCUUCUUCGCGGGGACAGUAGGCAGUCAUUACUCUGAUCUGAUGUGUGUGUACGAUGUAUACAGUCAGUGUUUUAAUAUAUUUGUUACAUGUAAUUUGGUAGUCAGUCAUUUUCUAUACCACGUAUCCUAAAGAGGGUCUCGGGCUUAAGUCAAUUCCAGCUAUUUGUUGCUGAAUUUGUUGUAUUCAUUUAUAUAAAAAAGACGUUGAAAUUACUAAAAUUACUAAAAACAAUCAGUUUACCCAUCAUAGCAAGGGUCUCAGGGUCAAGAUAUCACACCUUGUGAAGAGAGCCCAGCAGAGGCUUUUCUUCCUGAGGAAGCUAAAACAAGUAGGCCUUCCUCCGGAGCCUUUGGUUAAGUGAUAGAAAGCAUCCUCUGUCAGUGCUUUACUUUGUGGUAUGCCAGCUUCACAGCAGAGAACAGGAAGGACCUGGUGGUUCGGGUGGUUCCAACAGCAGAGAGGAUUGUGAGAGUCACCCUCCCUAACCUGGACAUUGUGUAUGCUGGAAGAUGCCUCAGAAGAUUCAGGACUAAUAAAUCCCAGACUAACAGACUGUGGAACAGCUUUUUCCCCAGAGUGGUUUCCUCCAUCAGCACCCCCCACCCAGCACCCCACCCGGCUCACACCGGAUAGUGCUGCGGGGGGAAAAAAACUUUAACAAAGCGCCCUUUUCACUUUUAAGCCAUUGAUGCCUGUUUUUGAUCUAUCUUAUAUAUAUAUAUAUAUAUUUAUUUAAUGUUGUUAUACAUACUUUGUAUGUUUUUUACAAUGAAAAUACACAUCCUUAUCCUAAUCUCUACAGCUGUUACUUUGGUUUUAAACUUUAUUUUAAACUACUACAUAUUUUCCCAUUGUUGCAUUUUCUAUAGACAGAAAUGACAAAUGACUUACAAUUGCAUUUACUGAUAGUAUUUUUGUAGUUUGGCUUUCUUGAAGAAGUUGUACUUUCAUGAUUAUUGAUGUUCUGGUUCUGUUCUCUCUUGAUUGAAUGCACUUAUGUCAAAGCGCUAGCUAAAUGAUAAAUAUAAAUGUAAAAUGGCUUCACUAUCUGUGCACAUGCAACAUCCUCUGUCCUGAAACCCUCACAUCGACACAGGAAAAACUGUUUAUUGAAUAAAAAUUAUACCAUCAUCACCA